AUGGAAGAUUUCUACUGGAGUUCACAAGUCUCCAGCCCUUCCAGCCAUAUCUCGGGAGCCGAGUAUGAUGAGAUACCAUGGCGAUUAGCGAAUGAUCAGAGACCCAGGCUCAAGCCAAGGCGAUUUGACAGACGACAAGGCGGCGAGCGCAAAAUCGGGAAGCGCAGCGGCGAUUUCGACAGAAGAAGGAAGACGCACAAAAAGUGCUUGAGGAGAGAAUUAGCAGCCUGGACGCCAAAUGCAAAGAGGUUUCCAAGCAACUGGCGCAGAAAUGCGAGGCAGCCCUCGAGCUGGAGCGCGAGCGGAAAGAGCUGGAGGAGCAGGUCCAGGAACUACGCAGGCACGGGCAGAUGCUGGUCCGGGUGUACCAUUGAGAACUCGGAGUGCACUUUCCUUAUGGACAAUGAGGCUGUUUACGAUAUCUGUAAGCGCAAGCUUGACAUCCCCCGCCCUGGUUAUAAUAACCUCAACCGUCUCAACGCCUGGGUCGGUAGCUCUCUUACCACCAGCCUGCAUUUCAAUAGUGACCUUAACAUUGACUUGAAUGAGUUCCAGACUAAUCUUGUGCCAUUCCCGUGUAUUUACUACCCUCUAAUCUUGUAUACUCCUGUCAUCUCUAGUAGCUGCAGUACUUACAAGAGCUUCAAGGUCAAGGAUCUCACCUUGCAGUGUAUGUAUCCUGUCUUUUCUUCCAAAAUAUCCCUUCAGUCUAACCAUCUGGCAGGCUUUGAACCUAGGAACCAGAUGGUUGUCUAUAAUCCUCAAACUGGAAAGUAUAUAGCAGUGGCUCUCUUGUACCAGGGUGACAUGAUGCCUCACAAUUAUGCCCGGGCUGUUACUGAUAUCAAGGCCAAGGCCUCUUUUAACCUGGUCAAGUGGUGUCCAACUGGUUUUAAACUUGGCAUUAACAACCAGAAGCCUAUAUUUGUUCCUAACAGCAAGCUUACUUCUAUCAACUGUUCAGUCACCAUACUCUCCAAUUCAACUGCCAUUGCCGAGGCCUGGAGUUGCCUUGGCCACAAAUUCGACCUCAUGUACUCUAAACAUGCUUUCAUUUAUUAG